AUGGCUGAAGUUUUGAAAAAGUCCGGUGUCAUCUACGGUGACGACGUUAGAAACUUGUUCCUCUACGCCCAGGAGAAGGGCUUUGCUAUCCCAGCUAUCAAUGUGACUUCUUCCUCCACUGUUGUUGCUUCCUUGGAGGCUGCCAGAGACAACAAGUCGCCAAUCAUUUUGCAGACCUCUCAGGGUGGUGCUGCUUACUUUGCCGGUAAGGGUGUGUCUAACACUGACCAGAAUGCCUCCAUCGCUGGUUCCAUUGCUGCUGCUCACUACAUCAGAUCCAUUGCUCCAGCCUACGGUAUCCCAGUCAUUUUGCACACUGACCACUGUGCUAAGAAGUUGUUGCCAUGGUUCGACGGUAUGUUGAAGGCUGACGAGGAGUUCUUCGCUGCCAACGGGACCCCAUUGUUCUCUUCCCACAUGUUGGACUUGUCUGAGGAGACCGAUGACGAGAACAUCGCUACUUGUGUCAAGUACUUCAAGAGAAUGGCCAAGUUGAACCAGUGGCUCGAGAUGGAAAUUGGUAUCACCGGUGGUGAGGAGGAUGGUGUCAACAACGAGAACGUUGACAAGGAGUCCUUGUACACUCAGCCAGAGACUGUUUUCGCCGUCUACAAGGCUUUGUCUCCAAUCUCUCCAAACUUCUCCAUUGCCGCUGCCUUCGGUAACGUGCACGGUGUUUACAAGCCAGGUAACGUUGUUUUGAGACCAGAGAUUUUGGGUGAGCACCAGUCUUACGCCAAGAAGGAGAUCUCUAGCGAUUCUAAGCACCCAUUGUUCUUGGUGUUCCACGGUGGUUCUGGUUCUACCCAGCAGGAGUUUGACACUGCCAUCAAGAAUGGUGUUGUCAAGGUCAACUUGGACACUGACUGUCAGUACGCUUACCUUGCCGGUAUCCGUGACUACGUCUUGAACAAGAAGGACUACUUGUUGACUCAAGUUGGUAACCCAGAGGGUGAGGACAAGCCAAACAAGAAGUACUUCGACCCAAGAGUGUGGGUCAGAGAGGGUGAGAAGACCAUGAGCGCCAGAAUUGCCGAGGCCUUGUCCAUCUUCCACACUAAGGGCCAGUUGUGA